GGGUUCUAGAAAGGCGUGACGUGGGGUCGGCGCGGGCUGAGGCGAGCGCCUGUUGGCAGUCGCUGUGGCGGCCGCUGCCGGGCCUGGGAACGCGGGCGGCCGCGGUCGCGGUCACAGCUUUCUCGUCUCGCCAGCGAUGGCCGCGCUCGGCCGGCCCUACAGCGGCCUGUCCCUGGGCAGCAGCUCGGACUUCCUGCAGCCGCCGGCGUUCCCGGGCCGGGCCUUCCCGCCGGGAGCCGACGGCACGGAACGGGCCCCGCGGCCGGGACCCCGCGCCGCCCCGAGCAGCCCCGGCGGGAGCGCGGCGCGCGGACGUGCUUCGGUUCCCUGCAAGAAGAAACACAAGCGGGAGGCCGAGGACGAUGAUUGUCCAGCAAGAAAGAAACGACUGACUGAAGCAGAACUCUGUGCUGGUCCUAACGCCUGGAUCCUCGGUACACAUCAGGAUGCAGAGGGUCCUGGAGCUGACCCGUGCGCUAGUGGCCUUUCUGAACCUGGCAUGCUAGAUGCUGUUUGUGAAGAAAUGGAUCAGACAACGGGGGAGCCACAGUGCGAAGUUGCCCGAAGGAAGCUUCAGGAGAUUGAGGACAGGAUAAUUGACGAAGACGAAGAAGUUGAAACUGACAGAAAUGUUAACCAUCUCCCCAGUCUUGUCCUUUCUGAUACUAUGAAAACAGGUUUGAAGAGGGAAUUUGAUGAAGUCUUCACAAAGAAGAUGAUUGAGUCUAUGAGCCGUCCUUCCAUGGAGCUUGUGCUCUGGAAGCCUCUCCCUGAACUCCUUUCUGAUAAGCCAAAGCCACCAUCUAGUGCUAAGAACUACACGGGAGAGAGCCAGACUAAGCAUGCAGCUCCUGCCACUGCCUUCCCGCAGAGAGCUGAACUGCUGUUGGAACCUCCGCAAACAGGGAUGCCUCUUUACGAUAGUUUGCAGACAGCUGCUAGCACAGAAGAAGAGAUGGAACUCUAGAGACCAGUUCUACACUAAAUUUGUCGAGUUUUAGAAGGCUCUUCGUUCAUUAAUGAGCCUACUUGCAUAGUAUAGGGUCUUGAAAGUUUUAUGAAACGGGUGUAAUAUCUCCACCUGUGAUGUGGGGUGGGACUCUCAUUUUGGGUAGCCAUUUAUUGAAUUCAACUUUUUGCCAAGGAAGCUUGUCUCAAAGGAGAAAGUUUUCUAGUGGGCUUAUUCAAAGUAUGUUAGAUUUUAUUCUCUUUAAAGGCAAGUGUAGAAGCUGGAUGUAUAAAGAUGACUCAAGUCAUUUGUCACAUUGUCUAAGCCACUACACUUGGGGAACCCUGUUGAGUUGGAAAAGAUGUCUAAGAAAGAAGGGUGCUCCUAAUAAAUACCACUGUCCUCUGACAGUUGGGUCACAGCCUCGUCUAUAGAAUUGACCUGUUGAUAGUGGUGAUUACAUGUGACUGAGGAAGCAGAAGGAAUGAAAGCAGUAGCUUAAGUCUUGCUAAGAAGUUGAGCAAGCUAUGAAACCUCUACUAGUUGUCAUUCAGCACAGCUGUAUUGAUCUGAAUGCCCAAUGGCACUGUGGCUCUCCUCUUGGGCUUGGAAAAUGCCAUGAGAAUCCAAAGAAAAGGUUUUCCUUUAAGGCCUUGCCUUAUGCUACUGUUGCUCCUUGGUCUCCCUUGCAUAAUUGAUAAGCCUGGUUGUUCAGUGAUGUUUACAACUUACCUUUGAGUGGUAGUUUAAAAUGUGAGGUAAGCCAUCUGCAAACUGCAUAUGGGAGAAGUAUCCUUUAAGACUAAGAAAGUGCUGUGUCAGCUAAACCCAGCACUGGUAGUAUCUGUAGUUGAAAAAGGGAAAGGUUGCACUGGUAUUAGCAAGUUGAAUUUUUAAAUGUUAGUCUUGAAUGCAUUGAGUGAGUGAGAAUAUAUGGGCAAGCGAUGUCAAAGUUUACUGAAAUCGCCAAUUUGGUGCUUAAACUGUGCAGCAAGCCGAAGAGUGAACAGCUUCUUGCCAGCAGGAAAUCUAUGUUCUUGAGUACCUAAACCAGGCUCCAGGUUCUUUUGGGAAUAAUCAGGAUUAAGGUAAUACUUUCAUCACACAGCAGGGAGACUACCCCAGUUCUGUUUUGUUUUUUGGAUUUCUUCCCCUUUUGUAGGGAAAAAAUGGUUUAUGCCAAGUAAAGGUGAAUGUUUAGAAAGCAGCUUCCAGGCAGUUUUGAACCCAUGCUGAAAUCCCUCCCCUUGUUACAGAUGGUGUAGAAGUCACAAGUCUGUUAAUUGGGCUGUUUCUUCUCUUGCCUGUUGUUCCUGCUCCCUCUAUUUCUGUCUGAAUAGUCAGGAAGAGAUUUAUUGUUUAAUAUUUAAACAAAAUAUUUAAUGUCUACACAGUAAAAUUAUUCAGACUUCAAACCAGUAUUGAAACCAGUUGGAAACCAGCUAAUAGUUUCUUAAUCUCAGACUUAGAGAUGAAUGUAAACUGUAUUCUGUUGAAAUGUGCAAGUGUUUGAUUUACGCAUUUGAAAACUCCUGCCUUGAGGUUAUUGUUUAAUGGGACCAACUCGUGAAGUUUGUAGCCUUAAAUCUCCGUGCUAAAAAGUUUUAGUACAGUUCAAAAACAUGAAGGGAAUGUGUGGAGUUCUAGCAUAAAGGUAGAAAGAGAGAUGGUGGCUUUCCAAAGAAAGAAACACCAAGACUGUCUUUUGUAGGAAUUGUUGGAUAGGCCUCUGAUCAAAGGUGUAUACCAUAGGAAGGAGAGCCCCACAACAUAGCUUUGAUAGAACUGAUGAACAGAGAGAGAGUCUGGAUUCUGCUAAUCAAAAUCCAAGCAGAAUUUUUUCAGGAGUCAUUAUCUGACAUCAUUUCUGCAGGAAAGUGGGUGUUUAAUGAAUGUCCUUUUGGGCUUUAUUUUCUUGCACACAUUUGUACAAAAUUGUCUUCAUCCUUGUGGUGCUUAUUCAUCUGAGCCGUCUACAGCCCCAAGGCCUCUGCAUUUUGUUUUUCUUUUGUAGCAUAAGUUUUUUGCUUUCGCCUUAAGGUUUCCCUAGGAAAUUAGCAGGUCUUUUCAUUUUGUACAGUUUUUGCAGCAUGUAUCAAACAUUGGCUUAGUAUGCUAAUGUGCGAAGAGAAAAAAUUACCUAAAACAGGUGAGCUUUAAUGAACAAAUGAAUAUUUUCUCUGAGUUUGAGUAGGAUAUGUGUGGGGGUUUUUUUUGUUAAUUAGUAUGAAGAAACUGGGCUUAUAUCCAGUUCUCACAGAUGUUAAUCAGCUAAAAAACUGCUAUACAUUCUUGGAAAGGUAUAAAUGUGAAAUUUAGAAAAAUAAUUAGGGUAGGUCUUAGAACCAUGGGAAAAAUGUUUACCAGCAAGUUCAUUUGUUAUUUUGGAUCUGAAACUUGGCUUUGUUUAAUAGUGACAAGGAUGGUGCAGUACCAGGAAAGUUCUGGAAGAAACUGUCAAUUUUACUUUAAAAUGAAAAAUAUGGUGUUUAUGUAUUUUACCAUUUUCAAUUAAACUUCUUAAAUGUUUUGAACUUUUUGAGGUAUUUGUAUUACUGCACUUCAGUAAAUGAAAUGUUUCCUUUAAAUUGCAAUUAAAGCAGCAUUCAUAAAAUGAAGAGCUUACUUUAAAUUUAUCCUGGAAGGAUAAUUAUGUUGUAUUAAAGGUAAGUUUUAAUUGUCACUUUCUUUUUGAUGGGACUGGGGUUUGAACUCCAGGCAUCAAGCUUGCAAAGCAGGAGCUUUGCUUGAGUCACACCUCCAG